AUGCACGCGGACGGUGUGGAUUGGAUACUAAUGGGAUUUGGGUUAAUCGGAGCCAUCGGUGAUGGUUUCAUCACUCCUACUAUAUUUUUCAUCACCGGCUUACUACUGAACGACCUCGGUGGUUCCUCCUUCGCUCAUGACACCUUCACGCAAGCCAUCUCGAAGAAUGUUGUAGCUUUGCUUUGUGUCGCUUGUGCAUCAUGGGUGAUAUGUUUCGUUGGUAAGUCUUUUAGAUAA